UAUGAAGUAUUCGAACUUGGCAACGCUGGAACCAGUUCCUGCCACAGUAUUCGGUUAGACGCCGUACGGAGCGUUGCGUGUUUCGUGUCGUGUUUCGCGACAGUCGAAAUUAAAUUUGGAAAAAAAGCGAACGAUCGAAAAUAUUCGCAAAUUUUUUUAUUGGUUCAGUGAUUCGUUUCUUGUGGAUAAAUUAUUUGAGAAUCUUACGUGUAUCUCGUCAGAAACGAUCGGCUUUAAAAAAAAAAUAUUUCUAUCCCACAUAAUUCUCGUUUAUUGUCAACUCGUUAAAUUUUACACAUGGUAACGUAUCAAUUUGACGGGAAGAAAAAAAAAGGAAAGAGAAAGGGAAUUAAAAAAAUCGUGAAAUAUAUAAUCGAGAUAAUCGUGUAACAUCGGUUGCAAAUCGAUAAGGGGAGUGAUAUAGAAGUGACAAACAGUGUGCGUGUAACGUGCGAUUUUAUCGACCGUACUUUUAUCGACCGAGUCGAAGAAAGCUUUUUAGUUUUAAAUUCAAUCGAAAGGGGACGUUUGCGUAUCUUUGCCGAUUGUUUGAGUGUGUGUGCGUAUACGUGUGUGUGCGCGCUUGUGUGUGAAGCACGAGGGGCCAUUGUGACGUUUUCAAAGAUUGACGACCUAUCGCGAUGCGGCAAGAAUUACUGAAGAAGAUGCGGCCUUGCUGCUGGAGUUGAGACCGCCUCGCAGAUUACGAAAAUUCGAGGGUCCACGUCCGAAACCGAUAACCAGAAAUCAAGAACGAAAGAAAACAGAAACGAAAAGAAGAACAAAAUAAACGGGGGAAAAAAAAUAAAAUAAAAAGAAAAAAGAAAGAUGGCUCUGAUGAAUUCUUGGUCCAUUUCGAUGAAUCAUCUGAUCAAUGCUGCACUCACGUUCCUCAUCGUUCUUCGAUAUUGUGCUAUCGCCGCCGACGAUAAGAGCAAUACUAAGCCUCCUCCGUGCUCCAGCAAUAUUUACUGCCAUGGCGAGCUGUUGCACAGAGUACAAAUGUCGUCUAUAUACUCGGAUUCGAAGACAUUCGUCGACAUGAAGAUGAAGCAUUCACCGGAAAAAACGCUGGCGUUGUUCCAUGAAUUUAUGAAUCGUACCGAUGAAACACCAACUAAACACGAAAUAGAAAAUUUCGUUAACGAUACAUUCGAUCCUGCUGGAUCGGAGUUUGAAGAUUGGAAUCCAACCGAUUGGACGGCUAAUCCGAGAUAUUUACAAAAGAUAAACGAUCCGGAAUUAAGGAAAUUCGGUUAUGAUCUCAAUCAAAUCUGGAAGAUGUUGGGUAGAAAAAUGAAGGACGACGUUAAAAUGAAUGAAGAUCGUUAUUCGAUCAUAUAUGUACCUAAUCCGGUUAUCGUACCAGGCGGCAGGUUCCGCGAAUUUUAUUAUUGGGAUUCAUAUUGGAUUAUAAAAGGAUUAUUAUUAUCGGAUAUGUAUGAAACGGCAAAGGGUAUGUUGACCAAUUUUGUUAUGAUCGUUGAUAAGAUUGGUUUCAUUCCUAAUGGCGGUAGAAUAUAUUACACAAUGAGAUCUCAUCCACCCUUACUUAUACCAAUGGUCGAUGAGUAUCUUCAUGUAACCAAGGAUUAUCAAUGGCUUGAUAAAUAUUUUUGGUUGCUCGAAAAGGAAUUUAAUUUUUGGCUAACCAAUCGUACCGUUGACAUUGAAAAAGAUGGCGUCAAGUAUACCCUUGCUAGAUACCAUGAGGAAUCAUCUGGACCAAGACCGGAAUCCUACAGGGAGGAUAUUCAAACCAGUCAAAGUUUUCGUACAACCGAGGAAAAGGAGAAUUAUUACACGGAAUUGAAAACAGCUGCUGAAACUGGCUGGGAUUUCUCUAGUCGUUGGUUCAUACUCGAUGGAACCAAUAAAGGUAACUUAACCAAUCUGAAGACGAGAUCCAUAAUACCAGUUGAUUUAAAUUCGAUAUUAUAUCGGAAUGCAGUACUGUUAGCUAAGUAUAGUCAAAGAUUAGGUAAUUUUUCCAAAGCGGCAUAUUAUGCGAACAUUGCCGAGGAAUGGAAAAAAGCUGUGACCGCUGUGUUAUGGCACGACGAAGUUGGUGCUUGGUUGGAUUACGAUAUAAUAAAUGAAUUAAAGAGGGAUUACUUUUAUCCUACCAACAUCUUGCCACUUUGGACAUUUUGUUAUGACCUCAGUAAAAAGGAAGAAUAUGUAUCGAAGGCAUUAAAGUAUCUUGAAAAGAAUCAAAUAAUGUUGAAUGUCGGUGGAAUACCAACGACAUUGGAACACUCCGGUGAACAAUGGGAUUAUCCUAAUGCCUGGCCCCCUCUUCAAUAUUUCGUUAUAAUGUCCUUGAACAAUACUCAAGAUCCAUGGGCCCAAAGGUUAGCCUAUGAGAUAAGUGAAAGAUGGGUUCGCAGUAAUUAUAAAGCUUUCAACGAAACGCACAGCAUGUUUGAAAAGUACGACGCUACAGUUUUUGGUGGUUAUGGUGGUGGUGGAGAAUACGAGGUCCAACUUGGUUUUGGCUGGUCCAAUGGUCUCGUCAUGAUCCUACUCGACAAAUAUGGUAGUACCCUAACCGCGGUAAACAAAUUCACGUCUGAUAAAGUUGAGUACAGUAGUGCACCACAGCAAGUUGUUGUAUCGACUGCUGGUCAAGUGAUGACAGGUAUUCUUGCCCUCAUCAUCUCGCUCGCGGCAGGAUUUAUAGGUAUUGUUUUUUUUUCCAGUAUGGUGAUGUACAAGCGCAGACAGUACAGCGUGCCAGGACCGUCAACGUUGGGUAGCAAAAAAAAAUAUGGGCCUCCCGAUAAUAACGUCUAUCGGAAAAAAAUCGCUUAUACGGAAUUGAAAGAUAUGAAUAAUGAUUGACGAACCUGAUUGUUUAGAACUCGGCUGGCUAUAUUGUCGUUAGAAAAGAGUUAUUAGAAGAAAAAAAGAUAUAGAUAUACGUCAUACAUAGUACGUCGUUUAAGAGGAAUUAAAAGAAAAUGCUCUUAUAUAAGUAUAAAGAAUGUAAUGAGAGAAAGAGAGAAAAUGUGAAGAAGAAAAAGAUGAAAAAAAUAGUGGCCUCAGGGACGUGAUUCAAGCAAAACUUUCGAAUGUGUUAGACAAAAGAGAGAGAGAGAGAGAGAGAGAGAGAGAGAGAGAGAGAGAGAGAGAGAGAGUGAGAGAGAGAAAGAGAGAAAAAAAAGGUUUGAGGAUUACAAGUUAAACUUGGUUUAACAACAGAACAAAAAAAUGGAUCAGAUUAGAUGACGUAAAAUAUAUCUAAAAAAAAGUUCAGAUGUGAUGGAUCUUCGAUACCGUCCAACGUGUCUUCCUACAUUGACUAAUAAUAAUUGAAAAUUCAGUUUUAAAAUGGCCGCUGGCGGCCUUUGAAGACACGUCUAAAAAGGUUUCGAGGUCUUUCAUUCGUCGUCGUCAUCGUCGAUCGUUAAAAUCCUUUGGUUCUUAUCCUAUUCAUCAUCCGCCAUUUUGACGGGACGCCUACGAUGGAAAAUCAAGAUGGAGAAUCAGGAUGGAGAAUCAAGAUGGAGAAUCAGGAUGGAGAAUCAGGAUGGAGAAUCAAGAUGGAGUAUGUGUCGAGUGAAAAUAUUGGAUGAAUGAGACGAGUUGAAAUAGACAACAAAAAAUGAAAAAUAAGAAAGAUGCGGAUAGGUAUCCCUACGUGUGUGUGCGUGUGUUUGUGCGCGCGCGUGUGUAUGUGUGGAUGGCUGGGUGGAUAAUAUCUGUGAGUUAUAUAAGAGAGAAAAGUGUGCGAAAUAAAAUUCGUGGAUUAUCUUGUUCCUAAGUAGAAUGUUUUCGUUUGAGAUAUCGUUGUUUGCAUCUUUUACAAGAUGAAAGAAAUUCACAAACAGCAAUGGCAAAAGACGAUUUUCGUAAUUGUGUGUGUACGACAUAUAUAAUGGCAUAUAUAGUUUUCUGUUAUGUAUGUAUGUGUGUGUAUGAGAGAGAGAGAGAGAGAGAGAACAUUAAAUCAAAAUCGACAAGUUCGCCGAGGUUUACAUGAAAAAUGAUUUUUUUUAGGCCAGAAUUAAAAGAUUUUCAAGCUGCGAAUAUUUCUUCUCAAUUUUCUCUGUGGUUUUUUUUUAUUUCAUUAUUUUUUUGUUUUAUUUCAUUAAAAACUUUUGCACGCACUCACACACGCGUACAAACGGUAUUCUACGAAUUGAUAUCUAUUUAUUUUUCACACGAACGCGUCGUCAUGUGUUUUCUCAUUUACUCUAAUUAAUAUUAUUAUUAAUUCUACUUCCACUUUUCUUUCGUAAUUAUUGUUGUUUGAGAAUUAUUUUUUUUAUUUUUUGUAUUUUUUCUUUUUCUUUCUUUUCUUUUCUUUUUAUUUCUUUUUUUUUAUUUUUCUCAUUGAUUUUAACGAACGAUGAAUGACGAUGCUUGAUCAUAAUUAGGGGAUGGUUAAAAAAGAUUCGAAUAAAAACGAAAAAAUCUUCAGUGUUUAGUAGUAUGCGUGAGUGUGAGUGUCUGCGUGUAUGUGUGUGUGUGUGUGUGUGCGCGCGCGCCCGCACUUACGUGUAUACAUAAAAAAGAUAAAUAGGUGAGUGCGUUUGUACUUUUAUUGACGUCAUUUCACAUAAACUCGUCUAUCCCAAGGAACACUCUGGUUUUAAUAUUAUUAUUAGUACUAGCAUUAUUAUUAUUAUUAUUAUUAUUAUUAUUAUUAUUAUUAUUAUUAUUAUUAUUAUUAUUAUUAUUAUUAUUAUAUAAUUAUUACUAUUAUGUUAUUAUUACAUUAUUUAGCACAUAUCGUCGUGUCAAAAUGUCGUACAAAACACAUAUAACAAUCACAUACGUCCAAUUAUGGGGGUAGUAGGAUUUGUUCUUAAUUUUUUUGUUUUUUUUUUAAGACAUGCGAUAUAUACGAGCGCAGGAUAGAUAAAAAUAUACAUAUUAUAUGUUUUUAAUCGAAAGAAAAAUGUCGUGUUUAAGAGAUUCUUUGUUAGCUUUUCGUUUUGAUUUCUACAUAAAAAUCGUGUAUCUCAGUGAUAAUAAUUCAUAGAAAGUGAUGGAAAUAGUAUUUCCACAAUUUUAUUAAGUUUUCUACUAGUAUGUAAAUACACGAAAAUAUUUAUCCUUCUUUCUUUAUUUUACAUGUUAUUUUAUUUUAUUUUAUUUUAUUUUAUUUUAUUUUAUUUCAUUUUAUUUUAUUUUAUUUCAAUGGGAAAAAAAAACAGUUUGAUUGAUAGAAUUAAUAACUUAAAGAAGAAGUCUUUAGCUUCGAUAAUUCGUACUGUAAUAAAAUAAAUAAAAAAAUAAAAAAAUAAAUAAAGAAAUAAAAAAAAAACAUAAAAAAACAUAAAAAUGAAUAAUCAAAUUCUCGCGCCAUUUUAUUCUGCGCUCUUUCUAGCUUUAAUUGAAAAGCAAAAAAAAAAAAAGAAAAUAGAGAUUAGAUUCUUCAGACGCUUUCGAAAUUAGAUUUAUUUUGUAUGUAUAUAUGUAUGUAUAUGUAUGUAUAUACGUAUAUGUGCACGUAUGUAUAUAAUUAUAUUAAUAACCGAUCGAUUUAUUUAAUAAUUAUCUAUCAUAAUUAUUUACGCUAUUUCCAUCACAACGUGAGAAUCGAUCGAUUGAUUCUUGGAAUUAUGAUCAUUGUGUAAAUCCUGCGAUGAAAUAAUGCGAAUGAUUUUUUCUUUCUUUUUUUUUUUUUUUUUUUUUUUA